UUCCGCGGAAUGGUGCGAGGUGAAACUGGAGAUUAUUCUACACAAGAGAGUCGGAUUGCGAAGGGUUUGAAUGAUUCUCCUGAUGUAAAUUCCUUUUCAAAAUAAAAGACGUGUUUUGGGUAGAAGCGGUGACCAAGGGUCAGAGGUCAGGGUUCACCGGACACAGGAGCCGGGAGCCUCGGGCUCGUUGAUGUGAAGUUUUUACCCGAAGAAGGGGCGGCGGCGGCGGCGGGGGAAGAUGCACAGCCUGGGGGCAGGGGCGCCGGUUACUGCGCUGGCUCAGGUGGAUCGCGAGAAGAUUUAUCAGUGGAUCAACGAGCUGUCCAGCCCUGAGACCCGGGAAAAUGCCUUGUUAGAACUCAGCAAGAAGAGGGAGUCGGUGCCUGACCUGGCCCCCAUGCUCUGGCACUCUUUCGGAACCAUUGCUGCCCUCCUACAGGAGAUUGUAAAUAUUUAUCCAUCUAUCAACCCUCCAACUCUGACGGCUCAUCAGUCUAACCGCGUGUGUAAUGCGCUCGCGUUGUUACAAUGUGUAGCAUCGCACCCAGAAACCAGGUCAGCAUUUCUAGCAGCUCAUAUCCCACUCUUUCUCUAUCCCUUCUUGCACACUGUCAGUAAGACAAGACCCUUUGAGUAUCUGCGACUCACCAGCCUAGGUGUUAUAGGCGCCUUAGUGAAAACAGACGAACAGGAAGUCAUCAACUUCCUUUUGACAACAGAAAUUAUUCCUCUCUGUCUCCGGAUAAUGGAGUCAGGAAGUGAAUUGUCCAAAACGGUUGCAACUUUUAUUUUACAGAAAAUCCUGUUGGAUGACACAGGACUGGCUUAUAUAUGUCAGACAUAUGAACGAUUCUCUCAUGUGGCCAUGAUUCUGGGUAAGAUGGUGCUGCAGCUGUCCAAAGAGCCAUCGGCCAGAUUAUUGAAGCAUGUCGUUCGCUGCUACCUCCGUCUCUCUGACAAUCCACGGGCAAGGGAGGCACUCCGACAGUGUCUACCCGACCAGCUGAAAGAUACCACGUUUGCCCAGGUGCUGAAGGACGAUACUACUACCAAACGUUGGCUGGCCCAACUUGUCAAGAACCUCCAGGAGGGGCAGGUGACUGACCCCCGGGGAAUCCCCCUCCCACCCCAGUGACUGCAAUGACCCUCCUGCAAGCUGAGGCUAUCGGGCCACAUCGUCGCUGGCACAGUCUGGGUUUUGGGGGAAGUGAGGCAACAAUCUGUUUGUACGAGUGACUGUGGUCUUUGAAGUAAUGGUGACGUAGGACUCCUGAAAUGCUGGACAGUGAACUGCAGAGUACAUAACUGGACAACCUGUCUUCUUUGUCACUCUGUGUCUCUCUCUGCUGCCCAGUCACUUGCCACGUGGACUGUGAUGAAUGAGCUGCGUCUCUGAGCUGGUACACCAAGACCUCAUCUGGACUAUGUCAAUUUCCAAUAUAACAUUUCCAGGCUUUGAAUUUCACCCACGUCUUCAUUAAUACUGUUCAGUUUGUGGAAGGAAAGAGGGAUUUGAUCAUUAUUGUCUUGGUCCAAGCUGAGUUAAUUUUGACGAAUGGUUUGUCCAGGUUAUAGGCUGUCUCUAGGAGAUUUCUCUCUGUUACAUGUAGCCUCACUGCAUCAGAAACUAGGGAAUAGUCGAGUCCUGAUGCGUGUCCGUUAAUGACUUUUAAAAUGUUUAGUACUUUCUCCCAUUCAUUCUUUUCCGAUGUGCCAGCCUCUCAUUUUUUGCAUUGUACUAUAGGGAGACAUGUUUCCUGCACCGACACACAUUGCCUCUGCUUCCCAUUGGUCUCCUCCUGCACCAAUUACUUUGGAGAUUCAUUGAUAAUCCUAGCUAAGACUAGGCGGUUGUACUUUGGUGCAGGCUCUCCCUUGCGCCAAGUGUCUAACUGAGUUGAGAAAUUGAUGAGUAAACAGUUCUCUGGGAGGGUGGUCCAUUCAUUCGACUGUUCAUGGGCUCAGUCCCUGAAGACUUCCACGGUUUUCUAUUAGCAUAUCCCAGGAUUGUUUCUGUUUGCUCACCUUGCCCCGUCUCCCCUCUUAGACCCCCAGCAAGUCCAAGAAUUUCAGGCUAUCUCGUUCUCUCGUGUCCUGUUUGCUGGCUGGCUAUGUUGUACAGGACACCUCCAGCUCCAGGCUCUGGCUUGGCUGAAUUUCCCCUCACCUUUGUUUCACCAGUGAGAGAACUUUGAGAUCAGACAGUAUUUGAGCAGCCACUGCUGGGUGGCAGCUAGUUAAUACUGGAGCACAGCUGCUCCAGCGCCCCAACUGCCUUAACACAUUCCAGCCUGUCUUACUCAAGAUUCAGGGCCCCUGGGGUUCAGUUUCGCUUCCAGGACACUUGUUGCAGUAAUCCUCCCCUUCCUAUCCUCCUCUGACCCAAUCCUGUGGCACAAAGAUGUAGAUUCUGGGCCGACUCCAACCCGAGAUUUCUUUUGAUGGGGGAUGUGCUGGAAGCAUUGAAACUUAAAUAUAAUAAUUAUUUUUAAAGUAUUGUUGUGCUAACCAGUGGAUUGUGUUUUGGAAAUGUUGCAUUGAAAGCUGUUUACUGUGAGCUCCAUAUUGGUCCAGAGAUGUUUAUAACAAUGAUAGCUGCCACUUAGCCCCUUGCUGGUUCACCUGAUGAUUGUCCUGCACUGUCCUACUGUCCCUAGCUUGGUGUUAAGUGGCUGUGUAUGAGCCUAUAUAUGGUGCAUUAACGUCUGGUAUUCUGUGUGGUGUCAACUGAUACCAUUCAUUGGACUCCUCAUAGAUCUGUAACUUCCUAUCAGUGUGUUUAGGCACUCUGGCAUAACAUCCUCUCCCUGGUGUGUUAGCUGGGGAGGGAGGCAUUUGGUCGGGCUGGAGGAUGCCCCGUAGGGAACUACCUUACCUUGCUGCCAGUUGAGGCCAUUAUGUAGGAAAUUAAUACCCCCAUUUAAAAGCCCCCACCCACUGCUGCUGGUGUUCACCCAGGGGACCGACUGUGCAGAGAACCCAAAGAGAAAACCCUGCUGGGAAUUGCUUGUGGAUCUCCGUGUUGUCCCGUCAGCCAAAGGCUCCUGAUCACAGACUAGGCUUUGGGAAGGGGGUGGGCUCCUCGAGCGAUGGCAUGCCCGUCCCCUUGCCCCCGAACCAGUGACACACUUCCUGGCCUCCCUCACUUUUAUGUAUGAGGUCAGUUGAUAAUCUUUGUCCUCAGGUAGUGCACUACCUGACCUGCUGAGUGAUUGAAGGGCCUCUGCCUCCUAUCUCAGCGCAGGGCCACUGCUGCUGUGUUAAUUAGCACUGACCGUAAUUCAGGCAGUAACCUCAGAGGUAGUGUCGGGAUCUCGUCACUUCUUUGGCUGACUUCGAUUUAAACACCAUCAUGUAUGUCUUUGUAGAAAUAUGUGAGAUAUGUAGAGGGAAGGGCGAGGGCAGUGUUGCUGCAGAUCAAUGGGAAAAUUCACCUUUUUGGAGCAGUAUUGAUAUGUAAUAAAAACAGAAACCUGCUGGAAA